AUGUGUGUCAGGAGCCUCAAGUUAGCGCAGGAGGUGGCUGAUGCCGGGGGGCUCCCGCAGUUCCCUGAUCAUGGCGGUCUAGUUGCUCUCUACAACUUUGAGAAGAAACAUGCUUACCAGCUGCUGCUAAACUGCCUCAAGCACAUUGAUAAAGGAUAUGACAAGCGCAAGCUAUUGUGGUCGUCCUUCGAGAACCAGCAGUUCUACACUGUCGAUGUGCAAGUGCCGGGUCUCUCGUCGCUGGAUCAAGUGCAUGUUGAAAAACAUGGACGGGGUGUGCUUGUUUCCACGGAGAUGGACGUUUACUGCCCCGAGAAGCUUGCCGUUCCUCCUUACACCAACGUCGACGGUUUAAUAGCUAAUCUGCAGGAUGAGAUUCUCACCAUUCGCCUUCCCAAGGGGGCCACUGUGCUCGAAGGGACAACCUCGACAGUGCCAAUUGAGGACCGUGACGAGGCCGAGCUGGACACAAGCUUGUGGAGGAAGUGA